UGUGGUAAAUUGGCUUCAAUUUUUCAGCCACCACUGUGUCCAAAACAAACCCUUGUCUGUCUGUGUGAAUGUUUUUUUGUUUAAUGUAUUUUUAUUAAUUAAUGCGGGCGCUCAAUUAUAAAUUCGGCUGAAUUUCAAUAAAACUGUUUGCCUGCGCCGCUGUGUUUCUUUUCGCAUCGAAUUGAAUUGUGGAUUGGAAGAUCCCAGUCGGAUUAAAUCGGUCAAUCGAGCAAGACCUAUGUUAUACGGAUGGCGGAUCUGAAGAGACUUUCCGUUUGGAUCGCACUGUGCCUGCUGUUGUGUGGAUUCCGAGUGAAGGGACAAGGGCAGUGGGCAUUUCCCAAUCCAAAUCCCAAUCCCGAGCCGGAUCCAAGCAGGUGGGACUUCAACAACUACAAUAGCUACGGUUACAACGGUCAGUGGUCGCCGGGCUACGUUAAUAACUACGGCUAUUAUAGACCACAGCCGCCACCCCCUCCUCCGCCCUGCGGAAGGCCCCCACCGCCAGGAGCACCGCCACCGGGUCCACCUCCGCCUGGUCCUCCGCCCGGCUGCCCGGGAGGUCCUCCACCCCCGCCUCCGCCUUGGGAUAAUGGCCCUCGGCGUUGGCAACCCCGUCGUCCGCCCCCCGAUCAUCACAGGAACUUUCACAAUAUCUUCCUGAACACCGAACGCAAAGUGGAUGAGGAGAACUACAACAAGACGGCGGAAACGGAGGAUUUGCACGAUGAUUUCAACGGACGAUCCAUUGUGGCACCUGGCCAGUACCCGCACAUGGCCGCUCUGGGAUUCCGGAAUGAGAACCACGAGAUCGACUACAAAUGCGGAGGCAGUCUGAUUAGUGAGUACUUUGUGCUCACAGCUGCCCACUGUUUGACCACUCACGGAACCGCUCCCGACGUGGUAAAAAUCGGCGACAUUAAACUGAAGGAAUGGGAGGACGAUGUCGCUCCUCAAAGACGACGAGUGGCGAAAAUUUAUCUGCAUCCGCUGUACAAUUCGACACUUAACUACCAUGACAUCGGACUUAUCCAGCUGAAUCGACCGGUGGAAUACACCUGGUUUGUAAAGCCAGCUCGUUUGUGGCCCAAAAAUGAGAUACCCUACGGCAAGCUGCAUACCAUGGGAUAUGGAUCGACAGGAUUCGCUCAGCCGCAAACCAACAUCCUUACGGAACUGGACCUAUCGGUGGUGCCAACAGAUCAGUGCAAUUCCAGUCUGCCCGCCGAUGAAGGUUCUCCCCAGGGAAUACUCACUAGUCAGAUAUGCGCCCAUGACUAUGAGAAAAAUCGGGAUACUUGUCAAGGCGAUUCCGGUGGACCUCUUCAGUUGAACCUGGAGCGACGACGUCGCCGGCACAGAAGUCGCAGGCAUUAUCGCUACUACCUCGUGGGCAUCACUUCCUAUGGAGCCUAUUGCCGCAGUGAAUUGCCAGGUGUUUACACGCGCGUUUCAUCCUACAUCGACUGGAUAGCAUCUAUAGUGUGGCCCAAUUACUAUAGCGAGUUUACUAAUAAUUAAAAAUAGUCAUUAAUAAAAUUGUGCAAUCAG